CAUCUUCGCGUCGACAUCACAUCCGCCGCUCGUGGUGACCUCUAACCCCCUCCUAAAACCGUCCCCAGGCCAGGCGCAUCGCCAGGAGACGACACUUUCCACCUUUCCCCUGCUCCCCCCACCACGACCCGCACCAUGUCGACAGAGGACUACGAUGAGUUCGGCAACUACAUCGGCGGCGACCUCGACUCGGACGAUGACUCGGACAUUGACAUCGAGCCGGCCGUCGCUGUGCCCGCAGCUCCCGGCCCCUCUGCGGGCGCGAGCUACGCGCCGCUCGAGGGCUUCGACGAGGACGAGGACGAUGAGAUGGAGGACGAGGACGCCGGCCUCGCCAUGACGCUGCAUAGCGUGGACGGGACGGCGGGCAACCAGGUCGUGCUGCACGAGGACAAGAAGUACUACGCUACCGCAGCCGAGACUUACGGCGAGGACGUCGAGACCAUGGUGCAGGAGGAGGACUUGCAACCCCUCUCCGAGCCCAUCGUUGCGCCGAUCAAGAAGAGGAGCUUCACCGUCCAGGAGAAGGACCUCCCAGUGACGCGCUUCGACCGCAACUUCAUGGUCGACCUCCUCCAGUACCCUGACCAGCUCCGCAACGUCAUGGUCGCGGGACACUUGCACCACGGCAAGACGUCGCUCCUCGACAUGCUCGUGUUUGAGACGCACCAGCUCACGUGGGACGCCGACAGGCCAACGCGGUAUACCGACACGCACACGCUCUCGCGCUCGCGCGGCAUCUCGAUCAAGUCGGGCCCAAUGUCGCUUGUGCUCUCCGACUCGGCUGGCAAGUCGCGUCUCGUCAACCUCAUCGACACGCCCGGCCACCUCAACUUUGCUGACGAGGUCGCGUCCGCGGCGCGCCUGGUGGACGGUGUUGUGCUCGUUGUCGAUGUCGUUGAGGGCGUCAUGGCCGGCACCGAGGCCGUCAUCAAGCACGCGAUGCAGGAGAAGCUCAAGAUUGUGCUUGUUGUCAACAAGAUGGACCGUCUGAUCCUCGAGCUCCGCCUUCCCCCAGCCGAGGCCUUCUUCAAGAUCAAGCACACGAUCGAGGAGGUCAACGCGGUCAUUGCUGGCAUCGACAACGCCGACGAGUUCCGCUUGUCACCUGAGCGCGGCAACGUUGCGUUCGCGUCUACGCAGAUGGGCUGGUGCUUUACCCUCGACACGUUUGCCGCCAUGUACGCCGAUGCGUUUGGUGCCUUGGAUGUCGGAGAGUUUGCCCAGCGCCUGUGGGGCAACAUCUUCUUCGACGCCGAGAAGCGCAAGUUUACCCGCAACCCUGCCGAUGUCGAGUCGAAGCGCUCGUUUGUUCACUUCAUCCUCGAGCCCCUGUACAAGCUCUACAGCCAGGUCCUUAGCGCCGACUCGGAGACGCUCAAGAAGACGCUCGCCGACUUGCACAUCACCCUCAGGCCCGCCGUCUACAAGAUGGACGUGCGGCCGCUGCUCAAGGUUGUGCUUGAGGCGUUCUUCGGUCCCUCCACCGGUCUUAUCGACAUGAUCGCCAGCAAGCUCCCAUCGCCAGUGGAGAAUGCCCGCUCCAAGAUUGAGCACACCUUCACUGGUCCCUUGGAUACGCCCCUCGCCGAGUCCCUCAUCAAGGCCGACCCCAAGGGCCCUACCGUUGUUCAGGUCACCAAGCUGUUCCACACAUCUGAUGCCCAGGAGUUCCGGGCAUUCGGCCGCGUCAUGAGCGGUACGAUCCAGAAGGGACAGCCGGUGUACGUGCUUGGUGAGGGAUACUCGCUCGAGGAUGAGGAGGACAUGGUUCCUGCUAUUGUCGACGGCGUCAUGAUCGACGAGUCGCGGUAUACUGUCGACAUUGACACGGCGUACCCCGGAAACCUCGUUUUGCUUUCUGGUGUCGACGCGUCGAUCAACAAGACGGCCACCAUCUACGCCCGCGGCAUCGAUGACGACAUGUACAUCUUCCGCCCAAUCAAGCACAUUACGCAGUCCGUGCUCAAGGUGGCUGUCGAGCCCAUCGUCCCCUCGGAGCUGCCAAAAAUGCUCGACGGCCUGCGCAAGGUCAACAAGUCUUAUCCUCUGGUCACGACAAAGGUCGAGGAGUCUGGAGAGCACGUCAUCCUCGGCACUGGCGAAAUCUACCUCGACUCGGUGCUGCACGACUUGCGAAGACUGUUCUCGGAGAUUGAGAUCAAGGUGUCUGAUCCUGUCACAAAGUUCUGUGAGACGGUCAUUGAGACAUCAGCACUCAAGUGCACGGCCAACUCGCAGAACAGGAAGAACAAGUUGACAAUGAUUGCCGAGCCGCUCGAGAACGGUAUCGCCAACGACAUCGAGUCGGGCAAGGUGACGAUGAAGAUGACCAACAAGGAGCGCGGCAAGUUCUUUGAGCAGAACUAUGGCUGGGACUUGCUGGCAUCACGAAACAUUUGGGCGUUUGGACCGGACGACAACGGCCCCAACGUGUUGGUCAACGACACGCUGCCAUCAGAGGUCGACACCAAGGCGUUGACAACGAUCCGUGAGAGCGUCAAGCAGGGCUUCAAGUGGGGUACGCGUGAAGGACCAUUGUGCGAGGAGCCGAUCCGCGGCGUCAAGUUCCGUUUGCUGGACGCGACGAUUGCCGACUCUGCAAACCGCGGUGGAGGCCAGGUCAUCCCCGCGGCCCGCCGAGUGUGCUACUCGUCCUUCCUCCUCGCCUCGCCCCGUCUCCUCGAGCCGGUCUACUAUGUCGAGGUUCAGGCGCCCGCCGAUUGCGUGGCAGCAGUGUACACUGUGCUCUCAAGGCGGCGUGGUCACGUCACGAAGGAUAUCCCCAAGCCCGGCUCUCCGCUGUACACGGUCAAGGCGUUCAUCCCCGUGCUCGACGCCAACGGCUUCGAGACGGACCUGCGAACAGCGACCAUGGGCCAGGCGUUCCCGCUCAUGACGUUUGACCACUGGCAGGUGGUCCCCGGCGACCCCACCGACACGAGCAUCCAGCUGCAGCCGCUCGAGCCGGCGCAAGGACAGGCCCUGGCACGCGACCUGGUGCUCAAGACGCGCCGACGCAAGGGCCUGAGCGACAGCAUCAGCCCGGCAAAGUACCUCGACGACGACAUGAUCAUUGCGAUGAACGCGAGCGGGCUGGGCGAUCUGUUGCAAUAGGGAGGGGGAGGGAGCGAGGAGUGCAGUGUAGUAGACUUGAUGCAGCAGCAUAGACUGUGUAA